AUGAUUGACAUUUCUCUCAUUUUUCUUUCGUUUCUUACAGGUGGAUUUCAAGGUGAAGUUAAAUUUCAAUUAACCUAUUCAUCUGGUGGUGCUAUUGAUGCUAGUAAAGCAUUACGUGAGGUUAAUUCAAUUUUUCAUCGACAAAACCAAGCACCACCAUCUUACAGCAUGGCAGCAGAAAAUCUGUAUGAACCUCCACCACCGUCAUAUCAGGCAGCACAAUCAUCAAAUAAUCAUUUUGCAGAGACAACGAUGUAUGUUUCGCCAGCCCAAGCACCUUAUGAAGGUGUUUACCAACGCCAACCCACCGGUCUUCCACGGGCAGAAUUCAUUCCACAAUAUCCGGAAGUACCAUCAGCACCGGUACAGUAUCCACCUCAACCAGCUUAUCAAAACAAUGCCUAUGGCGGUCAAAUGUACGUUCCACAAAUGCCGCCCUCCUACGAACAAUCGCAAAGCAACAUGGAACAGAAAAAACGUGACUAA